GCCAUUGCCAUAGAUUAAAGAGUGAAAACGCCGUUCGUUGUCGCCAUCACCGGCCAUCAAAUCAAUUCGGUAAAUUUCACUUUAAUUUUGGAAGGAAUUACGUGUAUUACUUCAUAUAGCUCUUUGGUUAUUGAGAUUGUACGGUGGAAACAAAACUUAGAUAUUUGGGAUGUUUGUAAUGCUUUUGUCCGAAGUUAAGUGACGCUACAUGCUACACGUUCUGCUCUUUCUCGAUUGGACUGACUGGAAAAACUACCUAUUAAAUAAGAUAGUGCUGUAUGAUUAUGUACACGGGCACUACAACAGAGCAAGACAACCGCUUUAGCGACAAAGAGAAGAAACUUCUAAGACAAAUGAGGUUCAGUGACUGCUUGAGUCAAAGGGUGGAUAUGUCCAAAAUUAAAUUGGACGUCAUCAAGCCUUGGAUUCAAGACAAACUCACUGAAAUUCUUAAAAUUGACGACGAUGUUGUUGUGGAUUUUGUUUACAAUCAGCUUGAUGAAAAGUUUCCUGAUCCCAAAAAGAUCCAGAUAAAUUUGACUGGAUUCCUUCAAGGCAAAAAUGCUCGAGAAUUCAUGGCUGAAUUAUGGGCUUUACUGCUAUCAGCUCAGGAAAAUCCUACCGGAAUACCAGAUUCUUUGAUACACCUGAAAAGAGAGGAGCUUGCUAAAAAAAAGGAAAAAGACGAUAAGGAACGGGAAAGUAAGGAGCGCGGCCGCGAGCGGGAGAAGCAAAAAGAGCGGGACAAGUCGCACAAGGAUCGAAAAUAUGAACGCAAUAGGUCGAAAUCUCGACGGUCUCGGUCUCGAUCCCGUUCGCGUUCCCAGUCCAAGGGCAAGGACAAGUCGAGCGAGAGGUUCAGCCGGAACAGGAGUAGCGAGAAAACAAAGGACAGCCGAGAGAGACGAUCGCCGAGCAACAGGCAGUCGAGGAGCCCGAGCUCGAAGAACGUCGGAGACGGCAGGCAGUCGCGCAGUCCAGGUAUUCGCGAGAAUAAAUCUAGGAGUCCAGCCCGCCGGUCCACAAGCUGGGACCGCAGUUCCAAAGGGCGGGACAAAAACAACACGGGGAAUCAGAAGUCGGGCGGUAGUAGCCCAAAGAAUUCGCGUAGCAAGAGCAAAUCACCAUCGGUGAAAGCCAAUAGCGAUGCUAAAAACAAUGGAAACGCGAGUCCUAAUGAACGAAAGAACGCGGCAACUGAUCAGACCGCUGCCAAAGAGAAGGAAGGGCCUCCCAGUCAACCGAUAUCGAAACUCCAAGCUAAACUGAUGUCUCUUGCGGACAGCAAUCGGAACCAGCGUUCGCCGUCAAAUUCGAGAUCGCGGAGUCCAUCCAAAUCAAAGUUCCGAUCUUCAAGCAGGGAAUCCUACAAGCGUAAGUCAAGGUCACGUUCAGCCGACGAUAAGAAGGGGAGAAGAUCUCGAUCGAGUUCGAGAGGCUCAAGGGGCGACUUUGAGCUGAGGAAGAAGGAAAAUAGCGUACAGAAGAAACGUCACUAUCGAUCCAACAAAGACAGUUCAGAUAGUGAGGCAGAAACAAAGAAGAGGUCUAGAUCAAGGAAGAGAAGUCUGGAAACGAAUAGGAGCAAAAGGAAAAGCACUUCCAGGUCUAGAACUCGAAGGUCUGGUUCAAGGAAAAGAAGUGUCUCAAGAAGGCGUAGCACUUCCAAGCGACGAAGCCUCAGUAGAAGGCGAAGGAGCGUCUCCAGGAAUCGCCGAAGUGUUUCACGGAGGAGGAGUGUUCGCGGCAGACGCAGCUACAGCAGACAUCGUAGCCCCAGCUAUUCAAGGCGAAGGAGCAGUAGAAGCAGAAGAACGCCGCGAAGACGCAGUCGCAGCGUGAGCCACCGUCGCAGCAGGGACAGGAGAUUGGCACGACGAAGCCGUAGCAGAAACAGAACAUAUCGACGGUCUUCGCCCGUCAAGGAUCGCAGGAGAUCGAAAUCCAGGGACAGAAGAUCAAGGUCGAGAAGGCGAUCUCGCGGCAGCACCAAGAGGUGGUCGCCUAGUCGUGACAGAGGUAGAGACAAAGGCAGAAAAUCGAGCCCCAGUCCACAGAAGAAAGAAGUGAGGAAGGAGAGGGAAGGUUCCAGACAGGGGAGAUCGUCGGUCCCGAAAACCGUCAAUGAGAAAAAGAGCGUGGAACAUCAGAAAAAAACAGACGACAGUCGGAAGAAAGGAGAUGCAGAUAUUGAUCACAAAGACGAGAAAAAGAAAACUGUUUCGGAGAGUAGUUCGUCAGGGUUCGGAUUGCGCUCUAAAGACAAGGAGCAGAAAUUGAAGUCACGUAGCGUGAGCCCGAGAAAUAAAUACCCUAUACCUCCAUUUGGCCCACCAAGGUAUUCUCGUAGUCUGUCGCGUACACCAUCGCCCUUCAUAAAAGCCAAAGAAUUUCCGCCGAAAACAAAAGCGGCCACAUUGAAAGAUGAAAAGAGAAAGUCACUGAAGGAAGAAACUGAAAUUAAAACCAAGUCGUCGCGGGUUAGGAAAUCAUCUCGUAGUUCAGACUCGGAUUCUAGCGAUUCAGACAGCGAAAAGGAAAAGAAGAGGAAAGUGAAAAGGAAGAGAAAGCCUAAGAAACAUGAUACAAGCUCAAGCGAUAGUGAUGACGAACGUUCUUCAGUUAGUAAACGUGGAAAGAGCAGUAGCCCUGAGGUAGAAGUUAAAUCAAAGAAGGGCAAAGAGAGAAAAAAGCGGGCUUCGAGUGAGGAACGGGUGGUUAAGAAGCGAAGGCAGACUACUGAUUCGGAAGACGACAAGAAGCUAAAAAAGAAACGAGCGCGGUCAUCGAGUUCGGACAAAGUUAAAAAGACAAAACGUGACGAGUCGAGCGAUAAUGAGGUUUCGAAGAAGAGUAAAAAGAAACACGACAGCUCCGACGAAUCGGGUAAAGACAGUUCCAAGAGGCAGAAGAAGAAUAGUUCAUCUGAUAGUGAGGAAGAUGUAGUGAAGAAGAGGAGACAUAAGAAGAAACCAAAGUCGGCGAGCGAGUCGGACGAUGACGGUGAGAGCAAAAAACGCAAAAAGGAGAAGAAACAUAAGAAGAGGAAGAAGCAUUCAAAAAAGCAUAAGAAACAUAAAAAGAAGAAGGUUGAGAGUGACGAUUCAGAUUCAGACGCAGAUGCCGUUGUUGAAGAUGAGAAGAAAUUGAGGGAGAAAGCUUUGAAGUCCAUGAAGAGACAGAAUUCAAGUGAAAAGUCAGAUUAAUGUCUUUUUAUUUAAAACGUUUAGUUGUAAGACGUAUUGUAUUGUUCUAUAAACCUUAUCAAAUUACUUGAUUGAUGGAUACAUCUCUUGGAGUUAACUUUUGAUUAAUUGCUCUAAGAAGUGUUCAUAUAGCCAACAUCGUUUUCAAUAAACUUUAUUUUGACCAUGA